AUGACUGAGUCUGAGCUCAUAACGUGCGAGCUAACAUGCCCGACCUCACCCGACGACCUAAAGAAGUCUUUUGACGACAUAAACAUCGACGAUAUGGAUUUCGAACAGCCAAUUUUCUCUGUUUUAAGCGACGGGGUGAAGGAGCAGAAGCAGGCGGGGGACAAGAGCUCUUUCGACGGCGGCGGUGAAGCGACCUCACCGGGAGCGAAUACCACCACAACCACAAACACCACCGACACCGAGUCCGGGAUCUUCUCCGGUGAAGGUGAGCUGUGUGUGGAGCAUGACGCCGAAUUGGACUGGUAUUGUGGUACCGAGCAGAAACUGAUCUGCUCCCACUGCGCCGUCGUGGGCCCCUGCCACGGACACACGGUGACCCCUCUGGUUACCAGAGUAACAGCAGUCAGGGUGAGUGUGAUGCGUUCAGGUACAGCAGCUGUUACCUUGUUUUAGUAAUUUAUCGUAUUACCUUGUAUAAUUAAAAAAACGUGUAUAGUAAGGGUUUUUAAGAUACCUUUAUGGGUAAAACUGACACAGAGGUUUCUUAACUUGAUCGGACUAGGACUCUCAGGUGUGAAGUUAGUUUUGUUUUCGUGUCACGGGACUACACGAAGAGGGUGUAGGCCCCCAUAAUCCAGGUAUAGUCAUAAGAAAACGAAGCAGACAAAAACACCAUAAUAAGAAAAACAGCACGUCAAACACUGACAAACCAAAUUUUUAACAUGAUAUUGUCAUAAACUUUAUGAACUUGUUCACCUCGUUAUUACCAAGUUAUUGAUACAGACGAAAGUACAAGGUGGUUAUUUGGCCUGAAAUAAAAAAGAAAGUAAUUCUCAGAGUUGAUAUGAGAAAAUGCAUUUUCAUUUAAAGACAGCAGUGAUAUUGGCUUUUUAAGGGACAUAAUGAUAAAAUGUUGAUUAUAUAAAAGUGGCAUGGUUAAUCGAUUAGCCAAUUCUGAUGACUUUCAAAACAAAAAACUAGAAAUAGAUCUGGCAUGCCUUUACAUGAAGUUAAAAAUCCAGAUAUCAGCUCAAAACAACAGAUUCCAGUUUUGAAUGCACAUUGAUAUUUAAUCAGUUUUUAAGGUUGUUAGAGUGAACUUUUUUUACAGCCAGUGUUUUCUUUACAAUUCUCCUGAUGCUCCUCCUCAGUAGUCGGGGUCGACAGAUAUCAGUUUUUUUUGCAGCUGAUGCAGAUACUGAUGAUGAUAGAGCAGAUUUUCCGGUGGCAAAUUUUAACAUGAUAUUGUCAUGUUGUGCAUAAGCUUGCCAAUAACGUUUGAGUUACACAUUAAACCUCUUGCUGUGGUGUUGGAGGCCAUUUAACCCAUAGUGCAUGAACAAGAGCUGAAUCCUUCUUAGACAUAGAAAACCUAACUGAACAAUCCUUUAACAUCUAAGAGUAUAACACAAUGGACGAUAAUGCAAAAAAAGUGUAUCUACUGUAUCCUCCUCUAAAUAGAGUGUAACUGACCUGUUUCCAAAGACAGUGGCUGGGUACCACAUCUCAGGUGUGCACAGGUAGACCUCAGCACUCAGGUUAGAGUACAGGUGAAAGACGACUCCAUAUUUUACAUUCUUUUGAUUCUUCGUCCAGUUUGGUCAGCACAACACUUCAUCUGUCCAUUUGUGUUUGUGUACUUGAUAUCACUGACACUACACAUAAGCACUGCUGAUAUUUUUAUUCAAACAAAUCCAAGAAAUAUUCCUUAUAUUGAUUCUGAUAUUUAGACUGAAGAAUUAGCCAAUACAAAGUGCCCCUUUGACACCAGAGCACUUUUAAGUACACAAUCAUGCUGUUAUACAGUGUACUUGUCACUGUAUGUAAUAUGUGUACUGUGUUUUUUCUGUCAUGGGUGUGCCACAGUUCGCAUGUCUUAUUCCUCCCUGAUUCCUCCGUGUGGUAUUUGAAAAGACAGGAAUUUCUUGUUGAGUCUCUAGCUAAUGAUGUUCAGGCGUUGUGAUGAUCUUAUUUAAAAACCACAGUUUGUGUGUGUGUCUGUUUGUGUGUGUGUUUGUUCAUCAGAACCAGCUCGUGGAUGUGUGUGAGAAAAUACAGCUGCAGGCUCUGAGGAUCGAGAAGUUUAUCAACCAGACGCUGGCAACCAAAGAACAAAAGCUUCAGGUGAGUAAAGCCGGUGAUCCCCACCCACACAACCACACACUAAUGAUCGCACACACUGCACGCUUUAACAGCUUUGUAGAGCUAACACUGUUUCACAAGUGCAGAGUUUUGAAAUUAUCUUGCUUGUAUCAAUCGAGGUGUUGAAAACUAAAAUCUGCAUGGUCUUUGCACAGGUGUUGGGGUUUUCAGGUUUUGUGGAUGCUUUAUUUUUACACUAGUUACUUUUGCACUAAGGUUUGACAAAAGACUUGCACAGUUACUUAUUUCAAAAGUUCAAAUCUAAAUAUUUGUAACCAGUAAAUGAUUUACGUUAAUGAAUAACCUUACUGAGUGGUUCUGUUUUGGGCUAACCUCUUCUUUUCUUUCUUCUUCCCCUCUGUCCCUCAUUCAGGGAAACUGUAAACGAAAAACACUUAAUCAUGAUUUUAAUCUCACAUUGCUACAAGAUAUUUCAUGUUUUACUUCAGACUAAAACAAAUGCUUCGAUAUAAAGCUUUAUCUUUGGCUGUAGUAACUGUUCUGUCCAUCUAUCACCAACGAGCAAAGGAACAAAGGCUGUUUCUUGGUGCACCAAAGUAUUUAUAAACCCGAGAUGCAGUAAUGUAGGGUUUUCUUUGUUGCACCAAGUAGAUUAAACCUCAAACAAACAACAAAGCAGGAAAAACAAAUAUACUGUUACCGCAUCUAAAGUCUAAUAUCUUUUAUCUAUUUCUGUCUGCCAAAGCUCUCCGUGAUCUAACGAGCACCAGCUGUAAAUCCUUAAGCAGUUAAUUAGCUGAAAAAUUACAACAGAGGGAUAGUGUGACCCACGCAGUUCCUGAUGGUGAAUUUACAGGAUAAAAUCUAAAAUGUUUUAGAUUGACCCGAAAUCUACUAAAGCCAGUAAUUUCAAUUACUUGUAAAAAAUGUAUCUUACCAGGGAUUUACUGUCUCUUUGUCAAGAAAAUAUUUGUUGUUGUUCGGAUUUUUGUAGAUUUUCAACCAAAUACCACCAAGAAACUAAAAUGAUCUUUUCUUAUGUAAAUUGUGUUUAUUAGAGAUCGGAAAUUGAAACACCAGCAGGCAGAAAUUCUAACAGGCUUUGUUUUAGAGGCUGAGACUGAGUGAUGGUUUGCCAACAGAUUCUUUUGAGUUGCUGUAAAUUAGUAGUGAAGUGAUGUUAGGUUUUCAUAUCAGUAAAGUAUUUGCACACUUUGGGACUUUUGUUCAGCUAGCUGAAGUUAUUGAUUAAGAAAAAAGUACAAGUUAUUUAUUUGGGCUGAAAUAAAAAAUCCAGUCAUAUCCAGGUUUAAUAUGCUGUCAUUGGUGAUGGAAAAAAUGCAUUUCACAUAGAAAAGACAGCAGUGAUAUUGGCUUUUUAAGUGACAUGCUGAUAUAAUGCAAAUUAUAUGAAAGUGGUUUAGCCAAUUCUGAUCAUUUUUCAAAACAAAAAACAUAAAAAACUAGUAAAAGAUCUGGAAUGCCUUUACAUAAAGUUAAACAUCCAGAUAUCAGCUCAAAACAACAGAUUCCAGUUUUGAAUGCACAUCGAUAUUUAAUCAGUUUUUAAGGUUGUUAGAGUGAACUUUUUUUACAGCCAGUGUUUUCUUUACAAAUGUUGAAGCUAAAGAAAAAUGUGAGUGGAGUAUUGUUCGGGUUUCUUUCUUCUCUCUUUCAGCUCCUGAUGAAAUCAUCUUUCCUUUUAGUUCUCUCAGUAGUCGGUGUCGACAGAUAUCAGUUUUUUAGCAGCUGAGGCAGAUACUGAUGAUGACAGAGCAGAUUGACCAGUGGCUGAUACAUAUUAUCAAUACCGCAUUGUUGUUUUUUUCUUUUGCAAUUAAUAAACAAAAAAUUAUUCACACAGAAAAAAAAAAAAUCCAUUUUUUCAUGCACAUUAAAAUCUAAUACAAAUGGUUAUCUUUAACAAUAAACAUGUUUUUUAUAGACUUUUCAUGAGUUGAUGAAAAAGACAAAUCUAUGCGGUCAUGCCCUGGAUUUCAGCACUUGACUUAGAUAACUGAGAGGAGCAAUAUUUAAGUGCAUAAUUGUUUACAUCAUAACAGCGACUGUUUUAGAUUUGAAAUACUGCCACUGAGGAUGGAAAAAAUGUGUUUUCAUUUAUAAGAUAACGGUGCUAUCUGCCUACAUUGAGUUACAUUGAGAAAAUUCUUUUAAAAAUAUGUUUAGAAGUAGUUUAAUGUAAACAAAGUGAAAUUAGAAAAGUGGAAAAGUUUUCUGCUUAUCCAGAGAUUUAUAUUUAUUGAUGUAUAAGCCAGUUUAGUUCUUACAUCAAGUUGUGCAGUUCCCCUACAAGCAUGAACUGAUUAUCAUCCACUUUAAAAUCUGCAGGGGAAAAUCUUUUAUAGUUGACAAACUGGUGCAGCCUUCGAGUAAGACUUUUUGACUUUGUAAUUUCUCCUCCUGUACCUCUAAUUUACCCAGUUUUCUUCAUAACACCUGUGUCUGUGUGCAGGCAGCGGCAAGCAGGGCGAGGGAGCAGGUCCUGGCACAGGUCAGCGCGGCACGUGAAGCGCUGGAAGAGGAGGAGCAGCGCCUUUUGGAGGAGGUGCAGAGAGAGGAGGAGCGCGUGGAGCAGUGUCUCCUCACACAGAGAGCUCACUGGAGCCAGGCUCUGUCCAGUCUGUCACAAACACGCUCUGGCCUCGUGCACACGCUGACGCACGCUCCUGACGCACAACUGGUGGUGAGAGAUGAGGAAAUAUUUUACCAGAAGGGAGAAGAAUAGAGGAACUUGUGCAUGUGUGGCAUCCUGAUAAUGGUUGUAAAUUACUAAAAUGCAAAACCACUAACUUCCUGUCUUGUCUUUCAGACUAGUGUCCAAGAAAUAGCUGAAAGGUAAUCCUCAUCACAUGACAUGCUUUUAAAUAUGCUCUUUUGUUUCAGGAAAUCGAAGAGAGAUAACAUGUCUCCUCUUUCUGCUCUGUGUGUGUGUUUGUGUGUGUGUGUCAGGGUGGAGGAGGCGGAGGGGGUUGGAGAGCCCUGCGACACAGACCAGCUUAACCUGAACCCGGCCUGCAGUGACAGCAAGUUCCUCAGAGGGCUGUGGGCCUCUGCAGUACUGCUUGGGCCAAACGGUGAGUUCAGCUUAUUUCAGUGUAAAGCCAAUUCAGUCCUAAGUUGGACUUCAUGAGGAAAGGAAGUUCACUUUGUUAAUUUUUAAUAUCAAUAGGUGACUUUUACUGAGCUGAGUCACUUGCAAGAACUCUAAUUGUCAUCCCUACCACUACAGUUCAAAGGACAUUCUCGAAUAUUAUGAAAUGUGAAGAUUGUGCUACCCCCUUUCCACCACAAAAUUAUGGUGAUCAGUAGGAUUGUUGGACUAGCUAUCAUGAGAAAUUUUUAACCAGUUAUCAAACAGACUAAAACCAACCAUGAUGCUUAUUUAUGACCUCCAAAAGCAAACAAGACUGUCAGAAAAAAAGAUUUACAGUUUUGGCACUGCAAGAGGGAAAGUACAGGGACGCUGAUUUUUAGCAAGGUCCCAAAAAAACACAUAUUUUCUUUUCCACUGUGAAAAUUCCUGAUGAGGGCAAAACUUGGAGACGAUCAGCAGUAUCAUUCUGUCCACAGGGGGGCACCAAAGUCAACAAAAAGUUCCUCACAUGACCUUUAAAGCAAUAUUUCCAUCAGUAGACUCUUACUUAAAGCUCCUGUUGGGAGUUUGUUUGACAUUUAUGUAAAAGACUGAGAUUCAUAAUGAUUCAUUUUUAGGAAAUCAAACAUAUUGAUAUGAUUUGAUUUGGUGACGAGUUUAGCUGAUGCAUCCUGGUCUAUUUGGGCUCUGCUGUGAAAGACCGGGACUUACAGUAGUCCAGAUGGGAGGAGAUAAAUACAUGUUUGACUGUUUCAAGGUGUUUCUGGGAAGCAAAUAACUUAUUUUGGAUUUUCUUCUGAGCUGAUAAAAACAAGCUUGAACAACUGAACUGUCAAGCUUCUCCAGAUUUAGGUUGUAAUCAACAAUGACUCUAAGCUGCAGUAGAUAGUGAUGUUUAUCCUGUAAUAUUCAGUUAUAUUUCUAUCCCCCUACAGCUUAUGGAUCACCUUAUUUGAAGUUUGACGAGCGCACUGUGAGUCCACUCCUCUCCCUGUCUGAAGAUUUCUGCACUUUAACCUUCCUCCAUAAAAAGUCUCGCCUGUCUCCGCCUUACGACCCCGCACGCUUUGACUGCUGGCCCAACGCGCUGGGCUCACUGUCCAUGUCUUCUGGCACCCACAGCUGGGUGGUGGACGUCGGCCAGAGCGGUGCUUUUAAGGUGGGGGUCUGCUACAAGUCUCUAGAGCGCAAAGGCUCUGGGAAUGAGGCGCGGCUUGGUCACAACGACAAAUCGUGGGUGCUGUCCCGCUACGACGGGGACUACUCCUUCUGCCACGCAGGGAAAAAGGUGCCUCUGCAGGUGGUGAAGAGACCUGAGAGGAUCGGUCUGCUGCUGGACUGGCCGAGUCAGACUUUGUUGUUUUACGAGCCGGACUCCUUUGCUGUUCUGUACACUAUCACACAUCCCUUUAACGGCCCGCUGCUGCCGGCGUUUGCUGUGACUGACCGCAGUAUCACCAUACUGCACUGACAGAGCGCACACACAAAAAACUGAAAGGCCUUGAACAUGUGAAGUUCACAAAAGAAAAACAACUUUUCUACAAUGUACUGCUUUUAUAAAGAUCCCCAAUUUGUGCAAUCAUGGAUUAAGUUUAGUUCCUGUUUCUUUUUGCAUCAGCUCAGACAGCAGACGACAGAGAGGGGGGAAAAAUAUGGGUGAGAAAGAGCAAGGAGUUUUAAGUCACUGAGGACUUUUAUUUAUUCUUUAGCCAUUUUAAGUAGCUGUUGAUCGUUGUAUUAGAGUUUGAAUGAUGUAGAUGUCUAAUCUGUGGAUUUGAUUAUACAGUAGAGCUGGAAUAGUAUUUCUGACUGACAUUUUUUUCUUUUUUAAAGGUUUGUUUUGAAAU